AUCCCCAGGACCCCCAGAGCAUUCCCUGGGACCCUUCUGGGACCCCAAGGUUUAUCCUCAGAGCAUCCCCUGAGACCCCCAGACAUCCCUGGGACCCCCCAGGUGAACCCCAGAGCAUCCCCUGGGACCUCCGGGCACCCCUGGGACGCCCCCAGGCACCCUCAGCCACACCCCCGAGCAUCCCUGGGGUCCCCCCGGUGAUCCCGGAGCCCUCCCGGUGCCCCCGGAGCCGCCGGUACCGUGUGGUUGCUCUCCAGGCUCAGGGGGUCGCAGGCGUCGCUGCAGCGGAUCCGGGGGGGCCAAUUUUGAGGUUCCUCCUCCAGCAGCUGCAGCCCCUCCUGGAGCAGCGAUCGGGGCCGGUGCUCACGUCUCCGGUACGACCGGGACACCGAACCCCCCCGCCGCGAUGAGCCCGCACCUCCCGGUGCUUCCCGAGCCUCCCGGUGCCCCCGGCCGAGCUCCCCGGUGCUUCCCGAGCUCCCGGUGCUUUCCGAGCCUCCCGCUCGUCCCGGCCGAGCCCCCCGGUCCUUCCCGAGUCCCCCGGUGCACCGGCCGAGUCCCGGCACUCCCCGGUCGGGCCCCCGGUGCCUCCCGAGCCCCCGGUGUUUCCCGAGUCCUCCGGUGCCCCCGGUGGAGUCCCCCGAUGCUUCCCGAGCUCCUCGGCGCUCUGGCUGAGCCCCCCGGUGCUUCCCGAGCCCCUCGGUCCUUCUCGAUGCCCCCGGUGCUUCCCGAGCCCCCCGGUGCACCGGCCGAAUCCUGGCUCUCCCCGGCCGUGCUCCCGGCGCUUUCCGAACUCCCGGUGUCCCCAGCCCGGAGCGGGCUCUCUCCGGCCGAGCCCUCCGGUGCCCCGGCAGAACUCCCGGUGCUCUGGCUGAGCCCCGGUGCCUCCCGAGUCCCCCCGUUGUUUUCCGAUCCCCCGGUACUCACCAGCACCGGGUACGGCUCUCUGACCGCCCCCAGCAGCCGCGACAGCUCCCGGGACAGCACCCGGCAGGCGGCCCAGUCCGGCCGGCGGAGCGGUGCCGGUGCCGGUGCCGGUGCCGGUGCGGCGGGAGGCGGCGGCAGCAGCGCGAGGAGCAGGCACAGGCAGAGGCGGCGGAGCGGAGCCAUCGCUGCUCGGUCCAGGACCCACCAUGAACUUCGAGGGCCUCAACCCCUCCCUGGCCGAGUUCGCUCCUCCCCUGCACCCCGCGCUGGAGCCGGUGCUGGACCCGCACCUGAACCCCAACCUGGUGGAGCUGGACCCCGAGGGGGUGGCCCUGGAGGGGCUCCCGGUGCCCGACCCCGUGCCCCUGAUGGAGGGCAUCUACAGCGAGCUGCACACGGCCGUCUCCGAGGUCGGCGUGCCCGUGGCCGUGGCGCACUUCGACCUGCACGAGGAGAUGCUCUGGGUCGGCAACCACGGGGGCCACGCCACCUCCUUCUUCGGGCCCACUCUGGAGCGCUACUCCUCCUUCCAGGUGAACAGCAGCGACGACAUCCGCCAGAUCCAGAGCCUGGAGAACGGCGUCCUCUUCCUCACCAAAUCCAACCUCAAGUACCUGUCCCGGGGAGGCCUCAUCAUUUUCGACUACCUCAUGGAUGAAUCCGAGGACAUGCACAGCCUCCUGCUGACAGACAACAACACCCUGCUGGUGGCUGGGCUGCAGAACCACGUGCUGGAGAUGGACCUCAACACUGUCCAGGAGACACAGAAGUACACUGUGGAGGUGCCCGGCAUCACCAUCAUGAGGCAAUCCAACCGCUUCUUCUUCUGCGGCCACACCUCAGGCAAGGUGUCCCUGCGUGACCUGCGCACCUUCGUGGUGGAGCACGAGUUUGACGCCCACUCCGGGAGCCUGUCGGACUUUGACGUGCACGGGAACCUGCUGGUGACCUGUGGCUUCUCCAGCCGCAUGAAUGGCCUGGCCUGUGACCGGUUCCUCAAGGUCUAUGACCUCAGGAUGAUGAGGGCCACCACCCCCCUGCAGGUCCACAUCGACCCCUUCUUCCUGCGCUUCAUCCCCACCUACACCUCCCGCCUGGCCAUCAUCUCCCAGACAGGCCAGUGCCAGUUCUGUGAGCCCACCGGGCUGGCCAACCCCGCUGACAUCUUCCACGUCAACACCGUGGGGCCGCUCAUCAUGACCUUCGACGUGAGCGCCAGCAAGCAGGCGCUGGCUUUUGGUGACUCUGAGGGCUGUGUCCACCUCUGGGCUGACUCCCCAGAGGUCACUUUCAACGCCUACUCCCGUGAGACCGACUUUGCCCUGCCCUGCAUGGUGGACACGCUGCCACACCUGGAUUGGAACCAGGAUUUGGUGCCUCUGUCGUUGAUCCCGGUGCCGCUGACCAGCGACGCGUUGCUCUCCGACUGGCCGGCCGCCAACUCGGCCCCUGCACCGAGGCGAGCCCCUCCGGUGGAUCCCGAAAUCCUGCGCACCAUGAAGAAGGUGGGGUUCAUCGGCUAUGCCCCAAACCCCAGGACCAAGCUCCGUAACCAGAUUCCUUACAGGUUAAAGGAGAUGGACAACGAGUUUGACAACUUCAGCCAAGUCCCCGAGUCCCCGAUCGGGCGUGAGGAGGAGCCACAUCUCUACAGGGUGGCCAAGAAGUACAGGAAGGUCACCAUCAAAUACUCCAAGCUGGGGCUGGAGGAUUUUGAUUUCAAGCAUUACAACAAGACGCUGUUUGCAGGGCUGGAGCCCCACAUUCCCAACGCUUACUGCAACUGCAUGAUCCAGGUCCUGUAUUUCCUGGAGCCAGUUCGCUGCCUGGUCCAGAACCACCUGUGCCAGAAGGAAUUCUGCUUGGGCUGUGAGCUGGGCUUGCUCUUCCACAUGCUGGAUUUGUCCAGAGGAGAUCCCUGCCAGGGCAGCAAUUUUCUGCGGGCUUUCCGCACCAUCCCGGAGGCGUCGGCUCUGGGCUUGAUCCUGGCAGAUUCAGAUGAAGCCACGGGGAAGGUGAACCUGGGGAGGCUGAUUCAGAGCUGGAACCGCUUCAUCCUGACUCAGCUGCACCAGGAAACCCAAGAGCAGGAGGGACCCCAGGCCUACAGGGGGGCUGGCAGCAGCAGCUUUGGCUCCUCGGGGGACUCUGUGAUCGGGCAGCUGUUCAGUUGUGAGAUGGAGAACUGCAGCAUGUGCCGCUGUGGGAAGGAGACUGUCCGUGUGUCCUCCACGCUGCUCUUCACCCUCUCCUACCCCGACAGCACCGAAAAACCAGCCAAGGAUUACGAGUUCGCCCAAAUUUUAAAGCGCAGCAUCUGCUUGGAGCAGAACACACAAGCCUGGUGUGAGAACUGUGAGAAGUACCAGCCCACGGUGCAGACCAGGAACAUCCGCUGCCUGCCAGACGUGCUGGUCAUUAACUGUGAGGUGAACAGCUCCAAGGAGGCAGAUUUCUGGAAGACACAGGCUGAGUAUUCCUUUCAGAAAGCCAUGAUGAAGAGAGGAGGCUUUGACAUCACCAAGGGAAAGGAGAUCUCUCUUGGAGACUGGAAGGAUCUGGGGAACCCCGACACGGGGCAUUCGUAUCCUUCCGUGGAGGAACUGAAGAACAUUUGGAUCCCUCACGCCAUCAAGAUGAGGUUGACCAAGAGCAAAGAGCUCGAUGUGAGCAACUGGAGCGAGACCGAUGAGCUGAGCCCAACAGAUGACCCCGAGUCCGUGUACAUCUACGACCUCAUGGCCACCGUUGUGCACAUCCUGGAUUCCCGCACUGGGGGCAGCCUGGUGGGGCACAUCAAGGUGGGAGAGACCUACCACCAACGCAAGGAGGGAGUCACUCACCAGCAGUGGUACCUCUUCAACGACUUCCUCAUCGAGCCCGUGGACAAGUGCGAAGCUGUGCAGUUUGACAUGAGCUGGAAGGUUCCAGCCAUCCUCUACUAUGCCAGGAGGAACCUCAACUCCAAGUACAACCUCGUCAUCAAGAACCCCAUCGAGGCCAGCGUGCUCCUGGCUGAGGCGUCCCUGGCCCGCAAGCAGCGCAAGUGCCACGCCACCUUCAUCCCCCUGAUGCUCAAUGAGAUGCCCCAAGCUGGAGACCUGGUGGGGUUGGACGCCGAGUUCGUCACGCUCAACGAGGAGGAGGCCGAGCUGCGCAGUGAUGGCACCAAGUCCACCAUCAAGCCCAGCCAGAUGUCGGUGGCGCGGAUCACCUGCGUGCGUGGGCAGGGUCCCAACGAGGGUGUGCCCUUCAUCGACGACUACAUCUCCACCCAGGAACAGGUGGUGGAUUACCUGACCCAAUACUCUGGGAUCAAGCCAGGAGAUUUGGAUGCCAAGAUCUCCUCCAAGCACCUGACCACCCUCAAAUCCACCUACCUGAAGCUGCGUUUCCUCAUCGAUGUGGGAGUCAAGUUUGUGGGCCACGGGCUGCAGAAGGAUUUCCGUGUCAUCAACCUGAUGGUGCCCAAGGACCAGGUGAUCGACACCGUGUACCUGUUCCACAUCCCGAGGAAGAGGAUGAUCUCCCUGCGCUUCCUCGCCUGGUACUUCCUGGACCUGAAGAUCCAGGGGGAGACCCACGACAGCAUCGAGGACGCGCGGACGGCGCUGCAGCUCUACCGCAAGUACCUGGAGCUGAGCCCGCAGGGCGCGGAGCCCGAGGAGUUCCGCAAGGUGCUCAAGGGGCUCUACGAGAAGGGCCGAAAGCUGGACUGGAAGGUGCCCGAGCCCGACAGCCAGAGCAGCCCCAAGCACGGGGCCGUGUUCCCGCCGGUGCUGGCCCUGUGACCGGAUCCCCCGCGAGGAGCAGCGCCGGGAGCAGACCGGACACGGCACCGGGAACAGACCGGACACAGAGCGUGGAACUGGAACCAGCAGCGGGCC